GCCUCAGAUUUCCCGCCUUGCCCAAGCCUCUUUUUCUGCAAGACACGGGCUGGGACUCGGAGGGGCUGGCUGGCUAGGGGGUGGGAGGGGGAGAUCUGUGGGCUGCAUUGUGCUUGCCCCCACUGCGAGCUGCAGCUGCAGCCUCCCUCCCUCGCUCCCUCCCUCUUCUCCUUCCCAAUCCCAUCUCCAUCCCCAUCCCCAUCACCAACCCCACCGCGGGGGCCGGGAGGCUCCGUCGGGGGGCGGGGCCGGCUGCAAACCCCCUGACAUCAUCCUGUCUAUAUAGGCUGCAGCUGGGGCGGUGAGAGGCAGGCUUUGUGGAGCGGUGGGAGCGGGAGCACGUUACAGGCGAACAAAGGACCGGGGUGAGCUGGUGGGGCAAAGCAAGGGAAGGCAGGCGGGAGGGGAUAAGAAGACAGAGGAGCGAGGCAGCAGCCAGGGGCCACUGGAAGAGCCAGCCCUCCCUUCGCCAGCUCCGCGGCUCGUCUCGCCGGCGCCCAGGUCCCGACCCAGCCCGCUCGCUCUCUUUCUCCCCGGCCCCGCAGCAUCGCCCCCCAGCCCAGAGCCAGCAUGACGGCCAACGGCACGUCGGAGUCGGUGCAGAUCCAGUUCGGGCUGAUUAACUGCGGCAACAAGUACCUGACGGCGGAGGCCUUUGGCUUCAAGGUGAACGCGUCGGCCACCAGCCUGAAGAAGAAGCAGAUCUGGACGCUGGAGCAGCCCGCCGACGACGCGAGUGGCGGGGGCCACGCCGUGUGCCUCAAGAGCCACCUGGGCCGCUACCUGGCGGCGGACAAGGACGGCAACGUGAGCUGCGACAGCGAGACGCCCGGAGCUGACUGCCGCUUCUUGAUCGUGGCCCACGAUGACGGACGCUGGUCACUGCAGUCCGAGCCUCACCGCCGCUACUUCGGGGGCACGGAGGACCGGCUGUCGUGCUUCGCGCAGACCAUCUCUCCCGCCGAGAAGUGGAGCGUCCACAUCGCCAUGCACCCACAGGUGAACAUCUACAGCCUGACCCGCAAGCGCUACGCGCACCUGAGCGCCCGCCAGGACGAGAUCGCCGUGGACCGCGACGUGCCCUGGGGCGUGGACUCGCUCAUCACCCUGGUCUUCCAGGACCAGCGCUACAGCGUGCAGACGGCCGACCACCGAUUCCUGCGCAACGACGGGCGCCUGGUGGAGAAGCCCGAGCCGGGCACCGGCUACACCCUGGAGUUCAGGUCGGGCAAGGUGGCCUUCCGGGACUGCGAGGGCCGCUACCUGGCGCCGUCGGGCCCCAGCGGCACGCUCAAGGCGGGCAAGAGCACCAAGGUGGGCAAGGACGAGCUCUUCGUGCUGGAGCAGAGCUGUCCCCAGGUGGUGCUGCAGGCGGGCAACCAGAGGAACGUGUCCACCCGGCAGGGAAUGGAUCUCUCUGCCAAUCAGGAUGAAGAGAGUGACCAGGAAACUUUCCAACUAGAGAUCAAUAGAGACACUAAGAAGUGUGCUUUCCGGACCCACACUGGCAAGUACUGGACCCUAACAUCUAAUGGUGGAAUACAGUCGACUGCUUCAACUAAGAAUGCCAGCUGCUACUUUGACAUAGAAUGGUGUGACAAGCGAAUCACCCUCAAGGCUGCCAAUGGGAAAUAUGUCACCGCCAAGAAAAACGGACAGCUGGCGGCCUCUGUGGAAGCUGCAGGAGAAACUGAGUAUUUCUUGAUGAAACUGAUCAACCGGCCCAUCAUCGUCUUCCGUGGGGAGCACGGCUUCAUUGGAUGCCGCAAGGUGACCGGGACCCUGGAUUCCAAUAGAUCCUCAUACGAUGUGUUCCAGCUGGAAUUUAACGAUGGUGCCUACAAUAUCAAAGACUCUACUGGGAAGUACUGGAUGGUGGGAAAUGAGUCAUCUGUCACCAGCAGCAGCAAUACUCCCGUGGACUUCUUUUUUGAGUUCUGCGACUAUAACAAAGUAGCCAUCAAAACCAAUGGCCGGUAUCUGAAGGGUGACCAUGCUGGGGUCCUGAAAGCUUCCACAGAGGCCAUUGACCCUUCCACACUCUGGGAGUACUAAAUGCACUUUAGUAUUGGGUUUUCCCACCUCCCAUCAAAUCCCCAUUCUUCCCAACCCAACUCCCAGAUCCUGCCUUGACGAUAGUUUUCAUUUCUGCCCUUUUCCUUUCAUCCAUCUCGCUUCCCUCUGCUCCUAACCCUGCCCCCACCUCUAUCUGUGGAAGGAUUUCAGGAUGGUUUGCUAUUCCUACUUUUUUUUUUUUAAAUAUCUCUUGCCUUCUCUGUUUUCAGGGGUUUGUUUUGUGUGUUAAUGGUGUGGAGGUGUGGAAAGAAGUCUUUUGCCUUUCAAACUGGAAAACCCAGAGAAAAUGGUGCAUCAUCUCAUGCCUUUGUAGUUUGCUUGGUUUGGGACGUUCUCCUUGCCUACCGUUUUGAGGGUGGGGCAGGAAGUGUCAUCAGCCUAAUCCCAUUCAAGCAAACACAAGGAGGAAUUUUAAGAAUCAUCUCCGCCCUCUCUUCUGUGCCAUAGUAUGGUGCUGGUACCUUUUCUUUCCCCCCCUUUUUUUUCUUUUAAAAUUCUGACCUCUGGUGAUUGUCUGUGCUGCUGUGGAACCUUACUGCCUGCCUGCUUUGACUCUGGCAACUGGUGCUAUGAGUGGGCUUUCAGGGCUAGUGGGACCAGCAUUCUCUUUAACCAUGGGUUAGGAUGGAAGAAGCACUGAAUUCUGGGACCAGGCAUGAGGAAACCAGCCUCUUCAGAGUGACAGCCUGAAGGAACCUCCCUGGACUUUGCUAGCUUCCUCAGUCCCUGGAGGAAUCAUUGGUGUGGUGGCCUGGAAAGUCAAGGAGAGUGUGACCAGCUUACCUCCUGGACUGGUCCACUGAUUUGUAGGUGGUACAACUGGAAAUUUGCUCAUAGCCUUUUAGACCCAAGGAAACCUCCUAUGAGACCAUGGUGGCAUUGCUAGCCUCUUCUCUGCCCUAGAUUACCACCUUCCCCCUCAUAAGGAAAAAGUAAAUAAACCAAGUGUUCUAGGAAUGACUUUCCUGCCAACUUUUACCAGAUGCCUCCCUGAAGCCGGUCUCCCCCAUUGGCAUGUGUAACCCGAUUGGAUUAACUGGGCGCUCUUGGUCAUAUCCAGAGCCCUCUCUCUCCAUGGGAAGGUGACAUCUACCUCUGUGGUGGCACUAGACCCUCCUGGGUGCCUUCCAGUUUUUCAGCCAGGUAAUCCCCCCACCCCUCCAUACCCCCAACCCUUUAGGAGCAUGGCUGGGCAGGGAUAGGACACCCCAGCUUAGGGGUUGCUAAGCUUUAAACUUGGGGGUAGAAGCCUAGCCAUAUGUUAAAUUUUCUGCUGGCUAGUACCCAAACCUUUGGAGCUGCUACAGGAGCUAAGGAAUAGUGGGCUGGAUACCCUUUGGUUGGAAAAAGCCAAGCUGACUUGUUUUUUAGUUCCUUUCUCUCAUUUUCCAGGAAUAAUAGUUGGAAUUGCAAAAAAGAAGGUAACAUCCAUUUGCAGAUCUAAAAUCUUGCUUGGCGAACUUUGCACAGUGGUGGUGGUUCGGUCUUUUUUUUUUUUAUGUGUGUUGCUUUUUUUUCCUUCCCCUUUAUAUAAUCUACUAGAAACCUCUAACAUAACUGCACAUUUUUUUUUUGUUUUAACUGCUAGAUGCCCAUCCCCAAUUGUGGCUAUUCCAUUGCCCUGUGGCUGGAAUGCUCUUUGGGAUUCACUCAACCCUUAUUUUCCUAGCCCUGCCCUCCUUCCCCCUUUUCCAGGGGCUCUCCCUUCUGCAACGAUGGCAUGAAAAUCUCCUAUGUUACUGGACGCAGAGAAAUGACCAAAACAGUAUUUUUUUUAUAUCUAUUUAUAUAAGCUGUCCGUGGCACUAUCAGAUGUUGUCUGUAAUUGGUCUGCAUUAGAAUUUAACAAUGUGAACGUCUGUAAGAGGUGAUGCUGAACCUUCAGGGUUUAUGCAGGCUCUGAGGAGGGACUCUUCUCAGAAAGCAUUGCUUCUCCGUCUGCCCAUUCCCUGCCUGCUUGCUCUCUGUGCCUCCCCUCCCCUCUUGGCUGCCUCCAUCCACCAGCUAGAGUCAGAAUGUGAACUCCCCUCUUUCCCCUUUCCAAGCUAAAAGUAGUUGUAACCCCCAUCCUGCUUACCACGGGGGACUUCUUUCUUCUGAUACCCCGCCCUUUUCUGGUGGGCUUGACUGGCUCUAGUGGGCAACCCUCCACCUGCUUCAUCUUCAAACCUUGCCCAGCUCUCAAGUACGGCAGGUUGCUUUCAUGGCCCUUUCUGCAUGAGGGUCAGGAAGAACCAUUCUAAGAGAGGAUGACUGCCCACGAUGGGGAGAAAGAAGAGCAUUCCCUUAGACGCCUUAUACCCUUGUUGCUAUUACGGAGGUUGCCUCCUCCCCUCUGAAUCGAUGUUUAAUGUCUGUAACUGGAAUCUGAAAUUCUUGUGGAGGGGACUGAGUAGAACCAACUCUUCCUGGUUCUUCCUUCACUGUUGUAUGUUGUCAGCCCCUUGGAGCUCCAGGGGCUUCAAGAUAGACAGAAAUUGUGGGGGACCAAAGCCAUGUCUGAAAGAGAGAACUUAGGCAACCUGAAGUCACCAUGUGCUUUCUGGCCUUCCCAGCUUUGUGCACCCCACCCCUGCCCCAUCCAUUCCCAAAUAGCCUUCUGGCCCCUGGUUGCCUCCUUGCUGGCUUCUCCCUGUGAAAGUAGGUUGAGAAUCCUUUUUUCUAUCUCUUGUAUCAGGUGUCGUGGCUCCAAAAGCAGCCCCUUCGGGUGGUAAAUUUUCAGUUUGUAAUUUUUUUUCCAAGUGCCAUUUGUAUAACUUAAAUCACAAAUAGCUUCAACUGGAAAAUAAAAAAGAACAACCAAUGUC